AGAAAAUUCAACAUGGCGGACAAUUGGUCUGGAAGACAACCAAGAAAGAAAGAAACGGACAUUCGCUACAGCCCGUAUUUUGCAAAAGAUGGCAAGGAUAGUGUUCAAAGAAAACGUAAGAGCAGUUUUGGAAAUAUGACAGAAGAUGAAGUUAUGAAUCUUUUGCUUCCUGAUCGUCUGGCAGAAACAAUGGAUGUUUUGUUUGUUGGCAUCAAUCCAGGUCUCAUGUCUGCGUAUAAAGGCCAUCAUUACGCUGGAUCAAACAAUCAUUUCUGGCCUUGUCUGAUUGAUGCCGCUCUUGUACCUGAACAUUUUACAUUCCUGGACGACGUAAAAUGUCCUGAACAUGGUAUAGGACUGACUAAUAUUGUUGCUAGGACAACACGGAGUAGCAGCGACCUAUCACGUGCGGAAAUUAAGGAAGGGAAGGAAAAUCUUAUUGAAAAAAUUAAGAAAUAUCAACCAUUGGUGACAUGUUUUAAUGGAAAAGGUAUUUAUGAAAUAUUUUCUGGCAACAAGAAGUGCCAACUUGGAAGACAAAAUGAAACAGUCCCUGACACAAAGUCUGUAAUCUACGUUAUGCCAUCUUCGUCGGCUGGAACAAUGACGUAUCCCAGGAAAAGUGACAAACUUCGUUUCUACCUCGAGCUGAAGGAAUUAAUAGAUGAACUUAAAAGUGUUAAAAUGACAGAGAAGGACUGAAAUCAGUUUAUCACUGUUUAUAAGAUGUAUUCUGAAAUCUACAAUCUAGCUCUAAUGCCUUCAAAGGGUGCAUGGUGAUGGUAAUAAUUUUAAACUUUAUUUAUGUGUACAGUAUAUAUAAGCAAAGCUUUGUAAAAUAGAUGCGCUCAGAUGAUGUAAACAAUAAAUUGUAAGUUUAGUGCAUGACAUCACAUAAUGUAUAAUGAUACUAAUCAGUGUGAUCAUAAUUAUUCUGAUCUACACAUUUUUUCCCGCCCCGGGCCAAUACAGGAGCUUUUGUGCGGCAUUCGGCCAAAGAUUGCAGGGCGAGGUCGUUAUAAUAGUAUAAUAAAUGAAUUACCACUCUUCAAGUAGCAAGUCCUCGCAACGUCGGAAAAAAUUAUGUUUUUUUAUGACAUAGUUGCAAAAGAGUU